UUUACGUUCAAUCAGCUUUAAAGAGAAGUAAAGGACCUUCUUCCAGCUCUAAAGGACCUUCAACCAGCACUAAAGGACCUUCAACCAGCACUAAAGGACCUUCAACCAGCACUAAAGGACCUUCAACCAGCACUAAAGGACCUUCAACCAGCACUAAAGGACCUUCAACCAGCUCUAAAGCAGCAAAACAGGCCACGCCCACCAAGGCCUCCUCUUCUGAAGAGGAGCUCAGCGAGGAGGAAAUGCCGAAGAAGAGAAGGAGGAAGAUGAGUGAUGAAGAGCAGGAAGCCACUCAGUCUAAAACAGAUGUUCCUUCAGAGCAGCCUUCAGGUCGUCUUCAGAGCGAACCCAACAGAUCUGGGAUCAGCGACGAGUCUGACGGCUUCCCUAUGGAGGAGGACGAGGAGGAAGGAGGAGCAGGAACAUCUGCAGCAAACACCGAAACACAGACGAGUAAAAUCAGUCAAUCUGAGAACGAGGAGAAGGAGAUGAAGAAUGGACGACAGCAGACUAAACGAGCAGAUGCCAGACUCAGGACGCCGUGUCCGUACGGGAAGAACUGCUACAGGAAGAACCCGAUGCAUUUCCAGGAGAGCAGUCACCCCGGGGACACCGAUUACGAGGAGGAUGAGGAAGAGGAGGAAGAUGAGACGCAGGAGGAAGACUUACCCGAGUGUCCUUUUGGCACCGACUGCUACAGGUGA